AUGGCACAGUUCAACACGCAGCUUGAAGGCCGGAAACCGAUCCUGCUAACGCCAGGACCAACAGAAGUUGACCCUGUCGUCCUUAGAGAAAUGUCUCAUUUCGCCGAGUCUCAUUUCUCUCAACCAUUUUGUGACACUUUCGGAGAAGUGCUGACUAUGCUCCGUAAACUCUUUCAGUGCUAUGACCCUCGUGCACAACCAUUUGUCCUUGGAGGCAGUGGGAGCCUGGGGUGGGACUUCACCGCAACCAACUUCAUCGAGCCAGGGGAGUCGGUUCUUUACCUAAGUCCAGGGUUCUUUGAUGACGCCUUCGAAAUGUGCCUCUCUACAUAUGGAGCUCGAACAACGAAGUUGACUGUGGACUUCGGGUCAGCUCCAGAUUUGAGCAUCGUGGAGGAGGAGCUAAAAGUACAUCAAUAUAAAGCACUAGUUGUCACUCAUGUUGACACCUCAACAAGCGUCCUCACUCAACUCAAGCCUCUUUCUGACUUACUCGCUCGCUCCUCUCCAGAAACACUGUUCAUCGUCGAUGGAGUCGCCAGUGUCGGCUGUGAGGAUCUCCAAUUCGACUCCUGGAAAGUCGACGUCGCGGUGACUGGAUCGCAAAAGGCCCUUAGCUGCCCUCCUGGAGUUGGUAUCAUAAUGGUAUCUGCUCGUGCCCUACACGUAGCCGAGACCAGGAAGACGCCCCUGACUGCCUGGUAUGCUAGCCUCCCACGAUGGCUACCAAUCAUGCGGAAAUACGAAAAGAAAGAGGCAAGCUAUUUUGCCACACCACCUACACAGGUCGUUCGUGCACUUCAUGCUUCUUUAGCAGAUAUAUUGUCAAGGCCAUUGAGUGACAGAUUUGCACAGCACAAAAGGAAGAGUGCAGAAGUGAGGGCAGCAAUAGAAGGCCUAGGUCUGAAUCUAGUAGCGCUCGAACCUGGUACACAAGCGAAUGGAGUGACUGCAUUCUGGCUGCCGGAGGGCUUGACGUCCGAACUCCUACGAGCUAAAGCUCUUGAAAGAGGCAUCAUCUUUGCUGGAGGGAUGCACUCGCAAUUCGGAUCCAAAUAUGUACGAUUCGGACAUAUGGGAUUCAGUGUUGUAAAUGAAUUUGGUGCUCAUAUCGACACUGGCAUCAAAGUUCUGAGAGAUACCAUCAUUGAGUUUUACCAGAACCGAAGCCGAAAAGAGAUGCGCCUUGCUGACUGUGAAUUUUGUAUCACAAACGACCUAGGCGAGAAUGCGUUGGUUCUUGCGCAAGCAUAA